AUGGCCAGUACUACUGAUAAGGUUGCUACUGAUAAGGUUGCUACUGAUAAGGUUGUUGCUACUGAGGAGAUUGUCGAAUUCAUUUCAGGUGACAUCCUCUCUGAAGAUGGGCGGGAGGAUUUUGUCCAGCUGGAGGCGCAGAUGCGUAAAGGGAUGGAACAUGGCAACGGUGUAACCGACAAUGAUGUUGCCGACGGUGGUGUGGAUGAAGAACAAGAACAAGAACAAGAACAAGAACAAGAACAAGCCGUUGCCGUUGCCCGUGGUAAUGACGACAUGCAAAUUGAUGACCUGGAUGACGAGUCUGAUGGGCAAGAGGGGGAUCUCCGCAUUGAGUACGCCAAAGCCAAGG